AUGACCGAAUUUGACGACCAGAGGGUGACUGCGUUGAGCAAGCCUUCCCCAAGCCCGGAAUCUGUCGUGCGUGAACAGGUGGCCUCCGACCAUGUGACCCCAGCACCUGUGACGCCCUUCCAGGUAUCAUCUGAACAGGUGGCAUCCGAGCAGGCGGCGAGCGGUGAGAGUGCGUCCGGAAAUGCGCCGGGCAAUGCGUCUCCCAGGGCGGGAAGCGAUGCUGCGACCGGUGAAGUGGAAGGGGCCGUGGAAGAGCCCGCGUCGAGCGCCGCGCCAGAAGCUUGGGACGCGUCCGUGGACGUGGAGGUAGCGGACGACGACCCGGAGUUGCUUGAGUUGAUCGCGGCGGCGAAGACGAACAAGCGCUCAGACAAGAUUUGUUUGACGGAGGAGGAGAUGGCGCUGCCCGCAUCGGCCCGGGCGGCGCUAUUGCAGCAGCGCAUUAAGGAACGGCGAGUGGAAUACGAACGACAGGAGCGACUCACUGCGGAGAAACGCCGCAUCGAGUCACAGAAGAAGAUGAUGGAGACGCAGCGCGUGUUGGAGGAGAAGGAAAAGGAGCGGUUCCGGGCAGAGUUAGAGCGCGAGAAACGCGAGUUACGAGAGGAAGAGGAGCGGCAGCGGAGGUUGCUGGCCUUGGAAUUUAAGGAACGGUUCGGGUACUUGCCGAGCGAGGAGGCGAUGGAGGCGGCGCGGCUGAAGAGGAAGCCGGUGCGCGAGCAAAUCCGGUACUGGCUGGGUAAGUUGAAUGACCGGCCGGAGGCGGCGACCAAGACGCUGCCAACGCUCUUCAAGAUUAUGCACAAUGCCCGGACGAAUCCCACUAAUCCCAAGUUCCUUAAAAUUAGCAAAACCAACAAAGUCUUCAGUGAGAAAGUUGGCUCCGUACCCGAAGCCACUGCCUUGCUCGAGAUCGUCGGUUUCAAAGCAACCGACACCGACUGGCUCAUUGAAGGCUACCCCAACGGCUUCCUCCUCUCCGAAGUCGAAAACCUUAUCCAGUACCUCCUAAAAGCAAACGCUCAAAAAACAGUUCCCACGCCUAGUACCACCGGAGCCUAA